AGUCGAAAUGUACACAAAUUUUAAUGCGUGGGACUGAUAAUUGCUUAGCACGGAACUGAAUGGGAGAAACGAUCUUCUUGAGACAUUUGGCAUCAUUCUCUGGCGGAUUGAAAGAAUAUAGCGAAUCUACAGGUGAAAAUGAUCCUUUAACUGGAGAAGACUUCAAGAUUUGAGAAUGAUCUAAAGUUGGUUACAAGAUCAAGGCACUACAUGGUCCAAAAUACUGCACAGGGAAAGCAUCACCCAGAUCAUACAUGUAUGUUUGGUGAAGCAUCUGGAUUCAAGGAAAGAACAGUGCGCUUUGUAGAAGGUUCCUCCACAGGAAAAGUGGAGAAAGGAAGAGAAAGGGUUAUUUGAUCACACAGCCAAGAGCCACACCAAACCAUCACCAUUGCGACUGCAAACGGGUCCGCACGGUCCACCAACAGAAUGACCAUGGAUGAUGAACAUGAUGCAUCUACUGUAGAGUCCUUCCCCCUUCACAUCCUACUCUAUCCCAUCCUUGAUGAGAUGCAGCAAACGGAUGUGGCAGCUUCCCAGACCCUGAGGGCAGCGUUCAACAAGAUGGAGAAGAAGAAGCCAGGUUUCACAAAGCAACUCGUCCAUGGUAUCUUAGAAGCCAAGUCCAAGAAUAUCAACCUUACAGAAAGUCUUCUCAAAUUAGCUGCAUUAGACAGUGAAGAAUACAUACUAACGAGGAGAGAUGACAAAUUCAUCAGGAUGAACCAGCAAGCUAGAUCAUUGAAGGCAAUCCUGGCGAGAUUACCUGAUCAGUAUGCCAACAGACCAAUCUUCCUUCAAACAAUCAAGGAUAUAGCAUGUGGGAUCAAGGAUCUAUUAGGAGCACUCAACAUGAUCUUCAAAGAUGAAUCGUUUUUUAGAGAUCCAGAACAGAGAAAGACCCUUGAGACGUACCGCAAGGAGUUCAUCCAUUCUUCCAAAGACUUCAGCUUGAACCUCAAGAACUACUUCCGGGUCGGGAACAUCACAGAGGUCUACGAGAGCGCAACGCACCUGAUCCAUCAUAUCAACCUCAUCCUCAAACUCCUUAAGACCAUAUGAACUACUUCCGGGUCGGGGAACAUCACCGAUGUCUACGAGAGCGCAACGCACCUGAUCCAUCAUAUCAACCUUAUCCUCAAACUCCUUAAGACCAUAUGAACUACUACUUCCGGGUCGGGAACAUCACCGAUGUCUACGAGAGCGCAACGCACCUGAUCCAUCAUAUUAACCUCAUCCUCAAACUCCUUAAGACCAUAUGAACUACUUCCGGGUCGAGAACAUCACCGGGAUCUAUGACAGCGCAACGCACCUGAUCCGUCAUAUUAACCUCAUCCUCAAACUCCUUAAGACCAUAUGAACUACUUCCGGGUCGGGAACAUCACCGGGAUCUAUGACAGCGCAACGCACCUGAUCCAUCAUAUUAACCUCAUCCUCAAACUCCUUAAGACCAUAUGAACUACUUCCGGGUCGGGAACAUCACUGAGGUCUACGAGAGUGCAACGCACCUGAUCCAUCAUAUUAACCUCAUCCUCAAACUCCUUAAGACCAUAUGAACGAUACCCCCCCCCCCUUAAGGCCCUUUCAUAUAUCACAUGAUAAACCACCUCAAUAGAAAAAGUAUGGCAUGCGGGUGAGGAAAUCGUAUCCACACGCAACAAAGGCCUCUUUAUAUAUUCUGGCAAGUCCAAGGUACGUCCUCUAUGUUACCAAGUAAGUACUAGCUAUUUUACCAAGUAUUGUGAAUUGCUACCGGUACAUGGAAUUGUGAGGAUGAAUUCACAAUGAAAUUGAUGAUUUGUCUUAUUCAAGCUCUAGGAAUGUUCUCUGCUUUAUACAGUCACCGGGUAUACUAGAAUCUUAGAUACGGUUGGGAAGAUAUGGGACUAAAUAGUAUGGACUUGCUCAUUAUGUAUCUGUGUGUUGUAAUACACAGAAAUUAAGAAACACACCGCACUAAAUUGUUUCAGUGUCGAGUCAGAUGAAAUUCGGGCAAAUCUUUAACAAUGUUCACAACUUUCAUGCUUGGGUAAGUUUCUGGUUUUAUAGUAUCUGGAAAUUGUUUGCGUUCAUUUAAUGAUGUAUGGAACACCAAGCUGCAACAUAUCUCUUCUAUAAAUAAACGGACAAAGUACACAACACUCGUGUCAUGAAGUUCAUUCCAUGACUAUUUAUUUUAUGCAGUGAAGCCUGCUUUACCAACCACCUUUAUAGAAAGACCACCUGUCUAGAUGCAGACUACAUUUUCUGUUUUCCUUAAACAGUUUUCCGCAUUGAAACAUGUAACAAAAGAAAGUGAAGACCACAGUCUUUUUCUACAGGUUUCACUGUAUGGUACAUAUUUACAUAAUAAAGAAAUUGAAAUUUAGCAUUCCAUAAAUCGGUUUACUAAUGCCCUUGGCUCUGCUUUUGUGUUUUACAACACAUUGUUUUAUUUAUACUAUAAAAACCAAUAUCAGAUAGAUAUUUUUGAGAGAGUAUAAUAUUUGCCCUUCAUGAUUGUAAUCCCCAUUCAUUGUCUAGUUGUAAAGUUGAGAUGAAAUACGCUAUGUGCCUUUCAAAUUCUGUACUGUUGCCCUGUUCGUCUUUGAAGUUUGAACCAAGCUUUAACAUUUUAAGAAAACUCCUUCCUUUCUGAACUGGUCAUUUCAUUGUGUGAUUGCUCCACAUGUUUAGUGUAAAUCCCAGUGAGGAAAACCAGACUUUUCUCUACACCAAAAUGUUAAUUGAAAACUAUGAUUGCAUACUGCUUCAGAAAUAACUCUAUCCUAUUGAAAUUGAAAUUGAGUGUGUCUGUAUAUUUUGAUACAAAAUGCUACUUGGAUAGGGGGAAAGUAUGUUACAUGUAUUGGCCAGCCAAAUAUACAGUCUAUCCCAGUCGUAGGAUUGUCAUUGUUUAUCUAAUCUUUUGUCACCAUUGAGUGAUUAUGAAUUGAGAAUUAUUGAUAAUUAGCAAUUCAUGGUCAUUGUGGCAGAAUUUUGUUUAUUUUGGUGACAGAAUUUACCCAUCAUAGUUUGGGUUAGGUACUUCUGUAGUGUUGUUUCUAACCCUGAAUGCCAAAAUCUCUUACCCUUUGGUUCGUGUAUUCUCAAGAUGUCAUGGCCAUUGGGAUAAACUGUAUGUUUCCUGCCUCCCCCUCACCCACUAUUAAACAUGUGUUUUAUUAUUUAUCUGUAUACUCCUGUACAUAGUAUAAUUCAUGUCAAAUUGUUCAUUUUGUGUAUAAAAAAAAAUAUUAGGAGUUGUGAUGUACCUCAACUAUUUUUAAGUUACAAGAAAAAAGUAGAUUUUUCUCACUGAUUAGCUGAGAGAGAAAAAUUAAUCACCAUUACAACGAUUUAAUGGAUUUAAUAUGCCUUGGAUGUAAUAUAAUCAUCAAUUUAUAAUGCUUAGGUGGUGGAGUGAAAAAUGUGAUAUUUAUACAGAAUUUUGCAGAGAAUGUAGUUGGCAUGUAUGAGAACAUCCCUUUUUCUUUUCUUUUGGUUUGAAUUGAAGAAGGAAAGAAAGGGAUAUUUUGUGUGAGCAUGAAUAGUUCUUGGUGCUAGUUUUUGUUUUUCAUAUUCUUAUCAUUUAGGCUUAUUUUACUGCUGGUAUCACAUUUUGCCGAGUUGUUAUUCUUUUUCGUUAGAAAUGUCAAAAAAUUGAUUUUAAGCCAAGCAUAGUAAAAAAAAAAAAGGGACAGACUCCUUUCAGUCUGUCAAAUAAUAGCAUUUAUGAUUGAGAUGUUGGUAUGAUUUGAUUCACUCUUUAAGCAUGAUGAUAAUAGAAACAGCUGUUUGUAAGAUGCAUCGUCAAGUUGAAUGCAUAACAGAAGUGGGCCAUUUUUUUUUUUAAUUAAAGAGUAAAUUGUAAUUAUACUAGUGAAUUCUGUUCACCCAGAAACUUUAGAAGUCUGAGACCUUCGCAAUUUGUGAAUGUUUCAUUUAGAAGAAAGUUUCUGGAUGUCCAGUAUAUGGCAUGGUAUUAAGACCAUUGGUUACUGAUGUCAGGGAAUUAUGUAAUUAUAUGAAAUAUGGGAAGGAUUUCUCCUUUAUAUUUUUAUGAGGAUGAAACUUUCUGGUCUGUGUUGUCAAAUGGAAAACAUUUGUAAAUAUCCCAUUCUUUGUGUUUAUAUUAUUAAUCAUGUCAAUGUAGCAUAAGACUCAUGAACUAGCAUCUAAGGAAAAUAAUAUACUUUACAUAAAUCGUUAUAUCAUUGAAGUAUUUAUGCAGUGAUGAUACAUUUUCACAGACCGACUGUAGAAGUAGCAGUGAAAUAAGUAAUUUCAUAAAGAUUUUGAGUAAAGUAUAUCAAGAAAGAUAUUAGAUACCUUAUCCAUUUAGAUCAUUAUGGAUGGUUUUCUCAAAAGCGGCCAACUUUAAUCCAUGGUUUAAUACUCCGACUAAGUAUGGAAUGCCAAGUGUCCAUAUGAAUAUAUUUUUGAAUAAUUUGAUAUGUCCCUAAAUUACCAAGAUAAAAUAAUUAUUUCAUAGUUUUAGUGACAGAUUAAAAUAUUCAAAAACUUAUUCAUAUGGCCACUUGGCACUCCAUACUUAGUCGGAGGAGUAAACCGUGGAUCUAAAGUUGGUCCGCUUUCGAGAAUACCGGCCAUAGUUUAAUACCUGUUUACUUGUCAUCUUUUCUUCCUAGUGUACUAAAUUUAAAUUACUCUAUACCUGAAAUUUUCAUAAUUUUUUAAAUAUGUCUCUCAGUACCUACAAGUGAACCAUAUGAACCAUUGGCUAGACUAGAUCAAAAUAUUUUCUUUCAACUUAGUUUUGUAUACCUUGUAUGUGGAAUGUUCGUUGAGAGUCAGAAAGGCUUUUAUUCUGUAUUAAAGUAUAUGAGUAAACGCCCUUCUGGCUCUCAGCAGUCAAUUUUCAUGUGACUUUGCCCUAUUUAUUUCUGCAUGGCUGUUUACAUGCAUGAACCAGUGGAGGUUGCGUUGCCAAUUUGAGGCAGACACGAUGUGAUUCUUAAAAUAUAGAGUUCGCAGGGAAACAGUUUUUUUUAUUUAGGGCUAUUUUUAAUCUCGCACUAUUUUUCAAUUUCCUACAGAAUGUAAUUGUCAUGUUUAUGUAUUUGUGUAUUUUUAUCAGUCGAUUUAGUUUGUAAAUAUGUAUAAUUUGGUUGUUGAUAAUCAUUAGAAGAAUAUCAGUAGUGUGAAAGGAAUUAUGACAUUGUCAUUACGAUGUAAUACCACUGUGGUCCGUUCAAACACAGCUAACCUUGGAUUGAAUAUAUAACUAUAUUUGCAGAAUUAUUUUUGUAUACGUGUUUGAACAUCUUGAUCAUUUGGCUAAGUUGUAGUAUUUAUUGCUAUCUCCUUGUACAAGUUCCCAUGUUUGGGCAAAGUAUCUUUCUUGUAAUGGGUUCAUUCACUUCACUCUUAAUCAUAAGGAAGAUAGUUCAAGUCUCUGUCAAGUGCAUUGGCCAAGGUGAGGCAUUUUUCCACCGUUGUCACUCUCCACCCAGGUGUUUAAUGGUUACCUGGUAGGAUUUCUCCUAAAAAUGCAAUGUGCAGUGAUAACACGGAGGGUAUGCUAUACAAACCCUUUAGAAGCACACCAGGACAUGAUAUCAUACCAGUAAUGUGAUAUGUGCUAUACAAAAAUGGUUAUUUACAGUAGGCUUGCGGUUGCACCAUGUGAGAGGGAGGGAGGAUAGUGAAGUCCUGAAAAGGACUCUCGAUAAUCUUUCUUUCUUCAGUGUAUGAAGUCUUGAAAAAACUGUUGGUUAUCUUUCUUAGCUUAUAGUUCUUAGGACAACUAUAGCACCGGUUGGAGAGGAUAGGUUUAUUAUUGUUGUCUCAUGUCAUGUAAUUUUAAACUUUGUAGUGCCCAGAAAUGCAGAUGUGGUAUGAUGGCUUUGGAUACGUACUUGUCACUUGCUAUGUGAAUGGGUUUUUGUAGAUAGUGAUCCCUUGAAUGGCAAAAACACAUUUCAGUCAUUACCCACCCCCCCCCCUCUCUCUCUCUCUCUCUCGCUCUAAAUCUCCUCUCGAUCUCCAUUUUCCUUUAUCUCUCUCUCUCUCUCUCUCUCACACACAUACACACACUUGCAUACAUGCUAUCUCGCAUACUAAUCCUUUACUCUUAUGAUCUCUUUUCACAUGGUUUGUAAAUGAAAAACAUUUGUAGAGCAAAGGUACUUUGUGUUGGAUCAUUUCUAUGAGAAUGAAAACCUAUUUUUGGUUGAAAAUUAUUGGCAAUAAAUGACUAUCUUCAAACAGA